UUAAGGAAGUACCGCCGCAUAUGAAUGCAUCACCUCUUAAUGCGGAGCUGUACUCUUGCAAAUUUUUCUGGACUGUUGGACUGGUGUCAUCAAACAAACUCAAAAUGCCGUCAAAUUAUUUGUUUUACCUUGGAUUGGUUUUGACCUCCGUUGUUGCAAAUGAUGUGAUGAACACAACCCAGGAUUCCAGUACUCUACAAGCAAUUAUCACCACAGAAGCCACUGACCCAGUGGUCACCAGUAGCGCCACUUCCACGACCGCCAGCAUCACCACAAAGACCUCAAAUACCCUGGAGACCAGCAGAAGCAUGAACGCAUUUGAUAGAAACACCAACACCACAUCUACUCCAGGAGACAGGAACAAGACUCAGACCAGUGAUGGAGGUGUUGCCAGGACUACCAUCCCCAUGAAGAAGCCUUCAUCUAAGCCAACUCCCAUAAAUAAAAACCUUUCAUCUACAACAAAACAUAAUCCAACAACCACAAAAAUGGCCAACAAAUCUACAAAGUCAAGCGAGAGCACUGGAAUCAUCAUCGUGGUCGUAAUCGCCCUUGUAAUCGUUGCGUUUGGUGUCGUUUGCUUUGUGUCACGGAGAAGAGGAAGGCGCUACUCGGUUGAUUUUGCCGCGAGCCCCGAUGAAAACGUCCCACUCAGCACCAUACACCCGGAAGUCCGUGCUGAGUCUGCGCCUCAAAACGGUCUGAAAUCCUUUGAUAGCACAGAAACGGCUGGUACUGAGCCAAAAGGACCAGAAGUAGCGCCUGAAACACAGGAAGAGAAAAAAGAAGAGGCUGCCAUAUCUACUGCUGCACCCAGCGCUGAGGCUGCUGCUCCACCCGAAGCUGCAGCUGCAUCGGCAUCAGAAGCUGCACCUUCAGCUGCGGCUCCUUCUCCAGACAGCUCGGAGGUAAAACCAAAAGCGGAUGACGCCAAGCAGAGUUCCUCAGCACCCGUGGACCCUCUUGCUGAAGAGAAAACCGAUGAUGAAGGUGCCGUCUCCAACAAGACUUCGGUGGAGUCACUGAAGGAGACGAAUGAGAACAACAGCAACAACUCUGGCUCCAGCCAGAGGAGAGCCUGGCAGAGGAGCAACACAAUCUGGGAAGUCGGUGUGGACUGUCCGGUGUGAGGUACGGCGUCCACCUUGGAUUCCUGCUGUCCCUCAGAGGAGAGGAUGCAGAAGAAGCCAGAUUGACUGCAGAGGAUUAACUCACUUCAGCUCAUCCUCUGGGUUUGAAGCUUGAUCUCUUGUUGCAAAGUGUAUUUUUGUGUAAAAGUGUGAAAUAUUGUACAUCAUUUUUACAUGGCUUCUGCUCCAACUCAGUGUCUGAUGUACAAAGUAAACUGUGUAUGUGAUGACCUUGUAAUAAAUAAUGUUUUUCCCCUAAAAGCAUAAAGAAUGCAUGAUCUGCAAAACCAUUAGAUCUUACCAGGUACUUUUGUCUUGUUUCUACUGCAAAUUUCUUAGUACACUUGAAAUAAGACAAAACCAACUUACAUUUACUUUUUAGCAACAUGUAAGUGUUGCUUUAAGUCAAUAAUUCUUGAACAUUUAUAAAGAACUAUUGGUCCCACUGGCAAAUUAUUUUACUUAUAACAUUGGAAAAAUGUCGUUACAUGGAACUAGUACUUUUUUAAAAUCAAUAUUAAGGAAUUAUCGACUUAAAGCAAGCUGCAACAUCUUGCUAAAAACUUCAGAUUCUCCCAGUUGAAGUUGAAAAAAUCUGUACAGUCCGUUACUGAAUCAAGUUCUUAGGUCAUGUGUAAAACUUUCUGAAGCCAAUCAUUUACUCAGUCUUACUUUUAACUCUAUAGUGAUUUUAAAAGAUUUACAUCUUUAAAAAGUUCUUAUUCAUGAACUAUUCAUGUUUUCCCAAAUUCUAUUAGUUUAUUUACUAGUGUUUAUGAGAUGCACUUAUAGAUUUGAGAUGUGCCAAAGCCAUUUAGGGUCUAUUUAUAAAAGUUAUGAGAAAGUUGGAACUGAAGUUUAAAAACUGUUAGAAAUCUUUUUUAAAAGUUGUGAUUGGAGUUUAUUGUAACUAAUAAAUGUUUGUUAAAUUUG